GGCACCGAUGUCCCCGAGCCCUCUGGGAAGUGGAGUCCUUCCGCCGGGACCCCCGACCUGGCGCGGUCGCCUCCAAGUGCGCAGAUGCGACUCCAGACGGAGCCUCGGGCUCGAGCCUUUUGUUUCCCCGCAGCUCCGCGAGUCCAGAAAGCGACUCCGUCCGCCCCUCCUGUCUUUUCCAGAGCGCAGCCCGGCGAGGACCCGCCCUGUGGCCGGAGCCGAGUCCGCAGCGCGUCCAGGGAGUUUCAGAGUAGAGUUGAAUGAUUUGCACAAAGAAGCAGAUUAUAUAUUGCUGAAAAGUCCAUAUUUAUCUCAUCUGAAACUGUGAAUAAGAAGGAAGUCAUAGCAAAAACAGGACAAGAAAAGCGAAGCUGAUCAUGGAUUAUCUGACCAUUGAAGCUGAGGAAGAAGUCCUUCCAGCCACGAUCGCUGAGGAUGCCUCUCUGCCCCAAAAACAGAACACAGAAGAAAUGGAACCUACUGUUGAGCUACUUCCUGUUGAGUUCCAGGAACUGGUGACAGUCAAGGAUGAGGAAAUGGACUUCACUCAUGUAGAAGAAGAACAGCUGAAUUCUGCCCAAAGGUACAUGGGCAUGGAUAUGAAAGUGGAGAAUUGUGGGAGCCUGGUAUUUUGGGAUUCUGAAUCUAUACCUGAAACUAAAGAAUGCUUUCUGAAGCAGGGACUUUAUGAUGAAAUAUCAUCUGAAAGAGAUCUGAUAAUGGAGAGACUUAAGAAGGAUGAGUCCUGGGACUCCAGACUGAUAGAAACCUGGCAAUGUGAGGACACAUUAGAAAGGCAGCAAGGAAAACUGAAGAAAGAUUUAAGGCAAAUCAUAAUUAAACGUCAGCAAAACCCUGUGGAGGAUUGUAGUGAAAGUGGCGAAAGUUCAAGCCCAAUUCAACAUCACAUUUACUCAGUGAAAAAGCCUUGGAAGUGCAGUGAAUGUGGGAAGGCCUUCAGUUACUACUCAGCCUUCAUCCUCCAUCAGAGAAUUCAUACUGGAGAGAAGCCUUAUGUGUGUAAUGCGUGUGGGAAGGCCUUCAGUCGGAGCUCAUCACUUAUUCAGCAUCAGAGGAUUCACACUGGGGAGAAACCGUAUGAGUGUCACGAGUGUGGGAAGGCCUUCAGCCAUCGGUCAGCUCUUAUCCAACAUCACAUCAUUCACACUGGAGAGAAGCCCUAUGAGUGCAGUGAAUGUGGGAAGGCCUUCAACCAAAGCACAUACCUUAUUCAACAUCACAGAAUCCAUACUGGAGAGAAACCCUAUAAAUGCAAGGAAUGUGGGAAAGCUUUCAAUGAUACCUCAUCCCUUAUUAAACAUCAAAGGGUUCAUACUGGAGAAAAACCCUAUGGAUGUACAGAGUGUGGGAAAGCUUUCAGUGACAGGUCGGGCCUCACUCAACAUCAGAGAACUCAUACAGGGGAAAAGCCAUAUGAAUGCAGUGAGUGUGGGAAAGCCUUCAGUUACUGUUCAGCUCUUAUUCAACACCAAGGAACCCAUACCGGGGAGAAACCUUACAAAUGUAAUGAGUGUGGGAAAGCCUUCAGUGACCGCUCAGCUCUUGUAAGACAUCAGAGAAUUCAUACUGGAGAGAAACCUUACAAAUGCAAAGAAUGCAAGAAAGCCUUCAGCCAGAGCUCCUCGCUUACAAAGCACGUGAGAACUCAUACUGGAGAGAAACCGUAUAAAUGCAAUGAUUGUGACAAAGCCUUCAGCCAGAGUUCAUCUCUUAUUCAACACCAGAAAACCCACACGGGAGAAAAACACUACAAGUGUAAGAAAUAAUCACAGCCUGGAGUUACUGGUCAGUUUGGGUCUUCAUCUUUGCGACAGAGGAAAUCAACAGAGACAUUCAUUUGUUACCAAUCUCACUCUAGGAUUUUCCACUUGGGGGUCUGGAAGCUUCAUCUCAGGGGCCCUCCAGGGAACCAUAUGCCUCCAGACAGGGCCUGAAAACCCCGUAUCCAACUGUAUACAGCUGCCAAGCUCACCCUCCUCUGCCUCCUCUGAUUGGGGAUCUCAGCUGGCGCUGUCUGUGCCCGUGGCAAGAUUGGUGGGACUAUAUACAUUUCCCCAGGUGAGUGAUCUGAAGCUCAUUUUCAUUUUAUCACUUUUUACCCAUCAACAUGACCAGCCCCCUUGCAGGUUCAACCCAAAGUCGCAGUGCAGCCCCACUCAAAAUGUAAAUGAGUCCACACGCAUUCCUCCUGAACCUGGCAAACAUCUUCCUGUGAUUCACUUCCCUACUUCAUAGAGUUGUCAUGUGAACGCGGUAAAUUAAUUCAUGUAAAGCACAUGGAAAAGUCCCCUGGCACACAGGGGAAUCCUCAAUACGUUCCAAGAUAUUAUCUAUUAGUUUCGUCACUAAAUAAACUUUCAGUAAAAACAUAUAAGUAAUUUUAAGGGAGUACCACCAUUGGCGAAGAAGUAAAAUGCAUCAUUCAGGUAACCAGAUAAGUGGUUGGUGAUAACUUUGUUUACAGUUUUAAGGAGGAAACGAAAAAUUUUUGAGAGUCAUGGGAAUGAACUGAGAGCCAUGGGAAAAGAGCAAAAAGAAAUUCAAGGAAAUAAUCAAACUAUACAAGAGAAGGAGGUAUUGAUGAACAGAUGUUCAAGCCAGCAAAAGCCUAGAAUCUUCGUGUAUUUGCUGAAAGGAGCUGAGUAAGGAGUCACUUAAAUUAUUUAAUCGGAGUCUAGUCCCCCUGGAGAACAUGACUGUACAUGACUGCAUAGACUUCCCAUGUAUACAUACUUGCUGAGUGCAGGUGUUCAUACAAAAUCAUGCCUACUGUACUUUUGGGGUAAAGUAAAAGAUUUUACAGGAAUAAUUUUGAAGUCAUUUGAUUUAGCUUACCAUCUAAUUUCAGAACCUACCCUCCACUGAUGUAUUUUCACAAUAAAUAGAAUAUUUGGGGAAUGAUAAGAUGACGUGUUUGGCUGGAUUAUAAAAGGCAUGACUCCUAUUGAGAGGAUCCUGAACAUUAGAUGAGAAAUAGGGGGGCGGGCACGCCUGGGUGGCUCAGUCAGGUAAGUGUCUGUCUUCU